GCGCCGCAGCUGUUCCAGCAGCAGCAGCAGCUGGAGCAGCACACGGCAGCCGAAUUGCAGCAGCAGCAGCAGCAGCAGCAGCACAAGUCGUUGACGGCGCUGGGCCUGCUGCCGCUGGGCUCGGAGGCGGUCGGCCGCGUGUCGCUGGGCCGCGUGGCGCCGCCGGCCGCCUCGUCGGGGUGGCCCGAGCUGUACGGGGUCGGGGGGGGGCGCCGCCGUGGCCUCCCCACAGCCCCCGCAGCAGCAGCAGCAGCAGCAGCAGCAGCAGCAGCAGGCGGCGGGCGCGUCGCUGGGGCACGUCGGCAUGGACGAGAUGACCCUGGCGGAACGACGUCAGCUGAUGCAGCAGCAGCAGCAGCAGCAGCAGCUGCGGCUGCAGGAGCACCUGUCGAUGGGCGGCGGUCACGCUCAGCGGUUGGCGGCCCUCGGCCAGGGGUCGCCCUUCACCGCCAACGGCCUCCCGGGGCCCCCCUCGCCGUACUCGCGCAACUUCUCCGGGCUGCCCCUGUCCGCCGCUCAGCGGCUGCCCAAGCUGGGCGAGAUGCGCGCGGAGCCCUCGCUGGUGCCGCAGUCGCGCCUGCUGCAGUACAAGCAGGCGUGCGCGGCGCAGCGCGCCGUCUCGCCGCACCCCUUCGGCAACUCGGCCGCCGCCGGCGCCGGCGCCGCCGACGACGCCGCGGCCCAGCCGGGCCGAACGAACUUCCCCGGGCGCGGCCCCGACGCCCGGAGCAGCGCCGAGUACGCGCCGUCGCCCUUCUACGCGCUGCCCUCGAGGCCGACGCUGGCGCACUUUGCGCCGGGCGUGUACCCUCACGGCGCCGGCGGAGGUGGAGUGCCGAACCUGCCCCCGGCCGGUUUCGGCGGCCUGCACCAUCACCACCAGCAGCAGCAGCAGCAGCCGUCGCCGCCGUCGCCGGCGAUGGUGGGCGCGAGCGACGCCGACCUGGAACGGCCCGGGGGCCCGGCGGCGCAGAUCUACAACGGGUUCUCGCACGGGCUGCUGCUGGGAGCGGCGCUCAGCCCCAGGAAGGAGGGCGGUGGUGCAGGCGCCGGCGGUGGCGGCGCCGAUCCGAUGGCCGGCGCCGCGACCGCCCAGUCGUCGCCGUCCUCCGUCGUUCAGUCGUACGCCGCCGCCGGCGUGAACGGGCGCGCGGCGGUGCCGUCGCCCGGCGGGGAGUUUGACGGCUCGGGUUGGCCUCCCUCGGCUAUGACGAGCGCCCAGCACCACCACCAGCAGCACCAUCACCAGCACCAUUACCAGCAGCAGCAGCAACAGCAGCAGCAGCAGCAGCAGCAGCGCUACGGCUUGCGCAGCGCCAGCGGCGAUGCCGUUCACUUCCCCAGCCACUACGGCCCUCCGGCCUCCGUGCUGUGUCUGCCGUCGGGCGCCGAAACGUCGGACCCCCUGCUCAGGCCUGGGCCGUCCCAGAAGCCGGGGCUCAGUGUGGAGAUGGAGCAGCACCAGCAGCAGCAGCACCAGCAGCAGCAGCAGCAGCAGCUUCACCAGCACCAUCAGCUUCUGCUUCCGCACCACCUCCACCCGCUCUCAACGUCCACGCACCCCGAUCACAACGGAGACGCGGGGCGGCCGCUGUACCAGAGGCAGGCGAGCUCCACCGCACAGCUUCACAGCAGCCACGCGGCUCAGCUGACCGAACCCACGGCCACCAAAUCCGCCCCGUCCGACGUCCAGCCUCACGGCAAACCCGCCGUCGGCACCGGCGCGGCGCCGGCCACCGUCGGCGUCGGAGCGAGCGGCAGCAGCGGCGGCGGCAACACGAGGGCGGUGAAGUCGUACGCCUGCGCCGUGCGGUCCACGCCACCGCCUCCGCACAAGCCCACGCCGCCCGACGGCGCGGACCGCCGGGGCGGCGCGACGGGGCCGGCGGUAACCGGUGCCGGCGGCGGCGGCGCUGGCGGUGGCCUGCCCUUCCUGCAGGGCCUGAGUCCCGACUCCGCCCCGCACGCCAACAACGGCUACUACUCCUACUUCAAGUGAACGGCCACCGGGAAGCCGCGGGGUUGGGGGGGGGGCGGUGUCGGUGUGGCCGGCGGCGGCGGCUCGGGUCCACGGACUUGUCGACAAGCGGCCAGCUGGAAGUUUGGUUCGGUCGAGUUCGGAUUUUACGGUUUGUCCGCUGUCGAUUUACCUCGGCGGUCUGUAUUUUAUCUGACUCGUGAAAUCUGCCGACUGUGUUGUUAAUAGUUUUUUUUUACGUCUAAAUACGUUCCCCCCCCUCACCUCCUCCUCCCCUUGAUCCCCCCACAACCCCUCCCCUCGGUCCCCAUCACAGCCCCUCCCCUCGACCAUCGCCUCGGUCCCCAUAGCCACCCCCCGUGUGACCUACACGAGGGAGUCGUCCGGAGCGUUGUGCUCCGUGUCGAUCGGUGGGGGGGGGGUGGGAG